AUGGCUAAACUUCUAUUACUGUCCCUCGCCGCAUUGGCGACACUGUCACAUGCUCUGACUCCAAAGUGUUCUGUGGCAGCUUUUGAGGCGAUUGUUCCACCCACUGCUACAGUAGUUUUUGGUCCAGGAAGUAUCUCAAAAUGCCACGUUCACCGUGCCAAUUGCCGACACUGGAUUCCAACCAACCCGGCACGACUACCUGCUCUCUGCGCCGUGCAGAUUGAGAUGUCCACGGAGGCAGGCACUACUUUCAAUUAUGGUCUCUUCCUUCCCAAGAACUGGACAGGUCGCUUCUUGACUUCUGGAAAUCCUGGGUUUGCUGGAGGUGUCAAUUAUCUUGAAAUGGGUGCUGGUGCCUCUUAUGGUUUUGCCGCCAUGUCGACUGAUACUGGACAUGAUUCAAGUGUAUUUGGUAACGCUUCUUGGGCCGUUGACCCUGAAUCCGCUUGGCGUGCCAUGCAUCUGUCUGUUGUCGCUGCCAAGGAGGUAGUUGAAGCAUACUAUGGCAAAAAUAUCACUUACAGUUACUACAAUGGCUGCUCCACCGGAGGACGACAAGGAUUAAAGGAAGUCGAGGAGUUCCCAGACGACUUUGAUGGUGCAGUAGUCGGUGCCCCUGCUUGGUGGACUGUCCAUCUACAACCGUGGAAUGUUCAAACAGCGCUUUACAAUUAUCCAUCAACUGCACCUGGCUACAUCCCAAACCGAAUGUUUUCAGUUAUCGCCGCUGAGAGUCUUAAACAAUGCGAUCCUCAAGAUGGCGUUACUGACAACAUUAUUUCUGACCCUCGUGGUUGUCAUUUGCGGAUCGAAACCUUACUCUGUGCUGGAAAUUCUACUACCGACUGUCUAACUCCAGCUCAGCUCGACACUCUGUAUCACUAUUACAAUGACUGGGUGAUUGGUAACCAGACAUUCGUCUUCCCUCACUUUGAGAUCGGUAGCGAAGGUCUCUGGGGAGGCGGUUCGUCACCCGAUCUCGACUACCCACAAUAUUUCCUUGGCUUAGGAACCAAUUUCACUGCUGAUGAUUGGGAUCCCGAAUACCUUGUCACAUUGUCUGAAGCUCUCAACCCUGGCAAUGCUACUGCUGACAAUUUCGAUCUUUCUCCCUUCUAUAAGAAGGGUAGCAAGAUUAUGCAUUACCAUGGUAUGGCAGAUAAUUCCAUUGCGACCGCCAGCAGUGUAUACUUUUACGAACAUGUGUUGCGCACUUUAAAAUCGCAAGGCGUUGAUCUAGAUGACUUCUAUCGAUUUUUCUUGGCCCCAGGAAUGGAGCAUUGCAGUGGAACUCCUUCUACCCAGAACGUACCUUGGUACAUUGGAGGCACUACCCAAGCAUCGGUCAUUGGCGAUGAUUCCGCUGGUUAUUGGAUCCAUAGUAAGCCUGGUUUUGACAAUGCUCAACAUGAUGUAUUGCUUGCCUUGAUCGACUGGGUCGAAAACGAUACCGCACCAACUCAAGUCAUUGCAACUAAAUGGAAUGAUGAAGCUACAUUGGAUUACGUCACCAAUCAACGACCAAUCUGUAUGUACCCUCACAGGUAA